ACUCACUUCAUGCACAAACACACAUAUAUUCACGUAUAAACACGUAUAUACAGGUGCGAAGGCAUUUACAUGUAAACCAAUAGGAGAAUAAAAAAAUGGGGGUUUGAGUUGGUCGCGGAUGAAAGACACAACGGGAUGAGAAAGAGAGAAACAGAACCCUUUUGCUUUGAUACGAUAACAAACGAUGACUACAGCUGAGUUGAUAGUAUAGUAAUGUAGUGUAAAUAAAAUCGUGUACAAUUAAAGUGAAUAAAGUGAAAAGAGGAAAAAGCUUAGAACGACUAAGAAAGAUAAUUGGAACAAAGAAACAGAACAAAAUUGGUGCGCGAGGUGUAAUAGUUCGCGAAGUCUGAUUUCGUUGUGUUGUUCGCCCACACGGACAAGCCAUACGGUGUAUAAAAAUAAUAAUAAUUCUUCGUCAAGUUUACAAGUGCUUCACCCUUUUUGGAGUCCCACCGACAGAUUCCCAAAUGCUUGACUCCGACGAUUAUACGUAACACAUAUAUAGCACGAGUGUUUAUAUUCGCGAAUAAGUCAAGAGGGGGAGAGAGAAAAAACAAACAGUGUGUCUAAGCGCGGAGCGUCCGCAAAAGCCAUAACCCGUAAAAAUCAUGAACACAUUAAGCGAAUUUUGUUCCCUAUUUUGCUGUCCUCCCUGUCCGUCCAGAAUCGUAGCUAAACUCGCGUUCGCACCGCCCGAGCCAACGUACAGUUUCAUCGAGGACGAGGGCACCAAAUUCACAAUAUCUUUUUCCAAACGUGCAGAAUGGAAUUUUUCCGAACGGGAAAAAGAAUCCGUCGAAGGUUUUUACGCUCGCACCUCACGCGGCAAUCGAAUUGCGUGUCUCUUUGUUCGCUGUUCUGCUACCGCACGAUUCACCAUUCUUUUUUCACACGGUAACGCCGUCGAUCUCGGACAAAUGUCCAGCUUUUAUCUCAGCCUUGGAUCACAAAUCAAUUGCAACAUAUUCAGCUAUGAUUACUCCGGCUACGGAGUCUCUGGUGGUAAACCCUCAGAGAAAAAUCUCUAUGCCGAUAUCGACGCUGCCUGGCACGCUCUGAGAACUCGCUAUGGUAUCAGCCCUGAAAAUAUCAUUCUUUACGGACAAAGCAUCGGCACUGUUCCUACUGUCGAUCUUGCCACUCGGUACGAAGUUGGCGCAGUCGUUCUACAUUCACCUCUCAUGUCCGGGAUGCGAGUUGCUUUUCCCAAUACCAAACGAACGUGGUUCUUCGACGCCUUCCUCAGCAUAGAUAAAGUGCCAAAAGUUACUUCGCCAGUGCUCGUCAUUCAUGGCACAGACGACGAUAUCAUAAAUAUCAGUCACGGACUUGCGAUCUAUGAAAGGUGUCCCAAAGCUGUGGAACCACUCUGGGUCGAGGGUGCUGGCCACAACGACGUCGAGUUGUACAAUCAGUAUUUAGAUCGGCUAAAACACUUUGUGAGCGUAGAAUUGGUGAACUGACGUAAACUGAGCCUCUCCCAGACAGCGGGAGGGCAGCAGGUCGUGGGCGGAGUAAU